AUGGCUUCACAUACUUCUAUGAUAAUAAUAAAAGCAAACAGACCUUCUUCAAGCGAAGCUUGUAAAAGGAAAGAUGAAUUAAGUUCUUGUCGAAUUAACAACAGUUAUUAUUACUCCUCAUCAUCACUGAGAAACUCUCGACAAUCAUCGUCACCUUCUAUAUCAAAUUAUUCAUCACCAAUAGCAUCACCAAGACUAAAUCCAUCACGGAUUCCUUCUUCGCCUUCCUUCAGCAACAAUUAA